GUUGCAUUAGUAUUCUCAUCCUAUGAGAGUGCAGUGUGUUCAACCACGUCAUGCCUCAAGCAACUGCACCUAUCAAGGACUAUACGGGGCAUCAAGAGAUGUUUGCAUCUGGUUCUUUGUUAUCGCAUUUCUCUCUGCUGAAGAAGAUGAAGCCCUGCAAGGACACUUCAGCUCUCUGCUGGAGUGAAUGAAGGUGACUCGGCUUCUGCAUCGUGGCAAUGCGGAGAGAAUCCAGGAGCAAGACACGGGCAGAUCGAUCAAUUGAGUAAGAAAUUUACCAAACGAGUUGCAGCGCAUUGAUCAAUCAGCAUUUUAUAUCAGGGCAGUUUCUUCACUUGAUGUGUAUGCAUGAGUUCUGCACCGAAUGGGCGCAAAAACCGCCCCAGAUCUGCCGGGACCAUUUUCCAGAUCGGCAGUAAGCCCCCGUCCAGAGAGCCGGAGCGCCGGGAGAGCAGCGAAGCUCUGCGUGCCGUAGCGGACUGCAGAAUGGUUGUCCAGGAGUUCAAUACACUUGUGGCACUCUAUAGGGAGUUGGUUAUCUCUAUUGGAGAGAUUUCCACUGAUUGUCCCUCUCUGCGUGCGGAAAUGCACAAGACACGCACAAAAGGCUGUGAGAUGGCACGGACCGCACAUCAAAAUCUUUCUGCAAUAUCAGGCCCAGAAGAUGGAGAAAUACAUCCGGAGAUCUGCCGCCUCUUCAUCCAGCUGCAGUGCUGUCUGGAAAUGUACCUGACGGAGAUGCUGAAGUCUGUGUGUCUGCUGGGAUCCCUGCAGCUCCACAGGAAAGGAAAACAUUAUUCAGGAGCUACAAAGGUAGACAGUAAGAAAGAGGACAGCUCUGACAUCCCAAUCCUGGAAGACACGUCCUCCACACCGCCGGACUGUCCGCAGACUUACUUCCUGGUGGCCACAGACAUUGAGAACAUCGAGAGGGACAUGACAGAAAUGAAAAAUCUGCUUAGCAAACUCAGGGAGACCAUGCCUUUACCACUGAAAAACCAAGAUGACAGCAGUUUGUUGAAUCUGACGCCAUACCCGUUGGUCCGGCAGAGAAAGCGGCGUUUCUUUGGCCUCUGUUGUCUGGUGUCUAGCUAAGAGCUGUCUCUCCCAGAAUCCAGUCACAAAUGACUGCGUUUCCUAACAAUGUGUUGACACUCACCAAUCAACAGUACUACUGCCAUUUCUCAAACCAGUGCUUUCUUUUGGUGAGUUCUGUCCAAUUUCCUACUGCUAUGAGAAUAAAUAGUAAUAUCUGUGUAACAUCAGUAGUCAAACAAACACUAUAUAAUAUUUGAUCAAUAUGACAGAUUUUCAUUUUUAACUGAAUUUUCGUCUACAUUAUGCUUAGUAAAGAAAAUGGUUUGUAGUAUGAAUACUGCUAUGUUUGUCCACACGAUUCAUAUGCUGUGCUUUUUGUCAAGACAGGUGUUGUAAUGAGGCAUUGAAGAGUGCUAAUUAGAGCAGAGGUUAUGAUGCUAAACAUUUAUGAUGCUUUUUUUUUUUUUUAUACUGCAC